UGCAUGAAAUACAAGGAAUUUUAAAAAAUCUUCGAGUGACGAAAUAUUGUCUAUUUUCUUCUGGUAACGCCCACCAAAGAUCGACAGCAGAGACGACGCUUCUAGUUUUGAAUAACAACAAUCGAUUGGCGGCGGCGAACAGCAUAGCAAACUCUAUUGGAGCCAGAAGACAUGUGAAGGAAAUGUGCUUUCAGUUGUAGUACUCAAUUUAUUAAAUAAUUUCUUCAGUGUGAGGUCUAUUUUUAUCGGAACAGAGAAAACGUUAUACGCCAUUGAUUUAUAUAAUUUGGCAGCAGGCAGCGCAAUGGACAAAUACGCUUGACGAGGAAAGGACCUAAAGAUGGGCAAAGUUCAUCUUUUCAAUCCACUACUCAUCUUUUUUAUCCCCUCCAGUUCUGCUAUAGACCGCGGUUUUGUUCCGUAGAUGCUGCUUGGCCUGCUGAGUUCAGCCAGCAUUUUGUGUUUGUCGCAAAGUUCAUAUUCCCCCCCCCAAAAAAAAAGCACGAAUAAUGAAAGUGGCUGUAAUUGGAGCAGGGGCAAGUGGACUCUGUGCCGCUCGUCACCUUCUGGCCAGGCCGCACAUCUUCGCCCCUCCGGUGGUAUAUGAGCAGUCUGAUUGUGUUGGAGGUACUUGGGUUUAUACGGAGAGAACGGGCAAUGAUGACCAUGGUCUGCCUAUACGUUCCAGCAUGUACAGAGACUUAAGGACAAAUCUUCCAAAAGAAGUCAUGGGAUUCCCAGAUUUUCCAUUUGAAGUUGGCCCCCCCUCUUUCAUUCAUCACACUGAUGUGAGAUCAUAUCUGGAAAAAUACACUAAACGCUUUGAAAUUCAGCCGCACAUAAAGUUUCUCACAUAUGUUGAACUAGUGAAUCCUGUUUCUGAACCUACUGGAGAUACUCAGAAUUCAUGGGAAGUAACAUCUUUGAAUCUGAAGACUCACAGCCGUAGUAUUGACAGAUUUGAUUCAGUUAUUGUCUGUAAUGGCCACUACUCUGAUCCUUAUAUCCCACACAUUCCUGAAAUUGAGAAUUUCAAAGGACAGACAAUGCACAGUCACGACUACAAGUUUGCUGAACCUUUCAUAGGGAAGAAUUUGGUUCUGCUUGGUGCUGGUUUAUCUGGGAUUGACAUUGCUAUGGAGUUGUGCUCAGUUGCCAAGCAAGUUGUCUUGAUACAUAAACAUUCACUUACGUUCUCACACUUGCCUCCAAAUUGCCUGUUAGUCAGAGGUGUGAACAGAUUUUCGCAUACUGGUGUGAUUUGUAAUGAUGGAAUGGAAUAUCCUGCAGAUGUAUUCAUGUUUUGCACUGGUUAUAACUACUCUUUUCCUUUUCUUGCCACGGAUGUGUGCUUAAAUAUCAAAGAUCAUAGAGUUACUCCACUUUACAAGCACAUUGUACACACCACUUUUCCAACUCUCUUUUUUAUUGGUUUAUGUCGAACUGUUUGCCCUUUUCCUUUGUUUCACUAUCAGGUCUUAUUUGCUUUAGCAACAUUAGAUGGUACGUACAAACUACCAUCUAAACCUGAUAUGGAUGCGGCCACGGAACAAGAAUACAAAUCUUCUUUGCAAAAUGGAAUUCCUCACAAACACUUUCAUAAAUUAGGUAGUCUUCAGUGGGAUUAUAAUGAUGAGUUGGCCCUUUUAGCCAAAUGUGCCCCUUUAUUACCUGUUAUAAAAGACCUUUAUGAGGCAAACAAGGAAAUAAGACAACAUGAUCUGUGCAAUUAUAAGAAAUAUAACUAUGAAAUAGUAGGCCCUGAUACAUGGAUAAAGGUGAACCCAAAACCAUUUAAAAAUUGACUGUGUCCUUCACUUAUCAAAGUUUGAUCAAUUCUGCAGAAGCCUCGCUACACGCACUUGUUUGUAAUUGAGGUGGAUUGAGAAGGGAAGAUAGAAUUUAUAAAGGGGCCCAGUCAAAUUACUGUUCAUAACUUCAGUACAUUAGAAAAUUAGGCAUUUCCUCUUAAAUGUUUAUCAUCCUUCCUAUCCAAUAUUUCAAUCCACAGUACAGUAAAAACUGACUUGUUCAGUUAAUCAAAUAUACAAUAGCUUUAUAACAGGAAAAUGUGUAUGCAAAUGUAAAUUGUUGUAACAAUGUAGAUAAGAUCUUUGAAUUUUUGCACUAAAAAUCAUGAUUUAUAGAAUUGCAUCAAGUUGUUUCUCUUUGCUUAAACAAAAUAUUUGCUUGCUAUUGUUGUUGGAACAAUUGGAACGUAUUUUUCAACCAUCAAGCAGAGUUAUACUAACAUGAAGGUAUUAUGUUUUGUUAACUAAAGGCACAGAUAACAAUUCUGAAAGUAGCAAAGCAAUCCUAUUUUCUUUAGAUCAUGUUAUAACAACAGUAAUAAAUCUUAUGUUAAAUUUACUGUCCUAUGAAGAAAAAGCUUUAAAAAAUCCAUUGGAUCGAAGUGAAACGAGUCAUUCUCUGCUGUGGUUUAUUUCCUAUGUUGUUAGCACCAAUCCAUAUGCUGAUAACUAUUUCUGUAAACCAGCACCAUCAUACUUUAAAACCUUGAAUUACUACGUAUGUUGGGAUAAUCUAUUUUCUUUUGAUUUAUGCAUUAUCUAAAAUGUUGCUUUUACAAAUUUAGAGGUGCAAAUUAAGUUGUACCUUAGUUGAAAGAAUGGAUCAUAUUUCUUGUUUUAUUUCCUACACCAUAAAAGAACUGGAUAUUCCACUUCGGAUACAAAGUCAAGGUAUGAAAUGUAAUGUGUCCAGGCUGAUAGUAAUAAUUAGCAUCACAAUCUCAAAAUGAUUUGGAUGAAGUAUUAAUAGUUUUAUAAACAUCAAGAACAAAUCUGUAACAAUAACAUAGAUUAAUAAACCUGUCAUUUUAAAAGAAUUUUUGUAAUUUUGCUACCACUGAAUUUGAUCUAAUAAUAAAUUUGAUAAACUGAGGCAUUUAGUAGAAUGGGUGGUUUAGAAUCACUGUAUUGUUUAUGAUAAUCCACCUUCCAUCAGUGUAAAAAGGUACCAGAAAUUCAUGUUAUGCAGCUAUUUAAAAAAAACAAUAAAACAGCUUCACACAACAAGAA